GGCGCGAGCGAUGCCGUUGGCUGGUGUGCCGCUGGAGGGCACGGCGCUGGCGGCGCUGAUGGCUGGGCACUGCCUGCCGGGCCAGGCCGUGGCCGUGCUGCUGUGCCUGGGCAUGACAGCAGCGCUGGUUCGGGGCUGCCUACAGUGCGACCCCAAUUUCUCGGAGAAGUUCUCUUUCUACAGCAACCACUUGAACCUCAAGUCCUGGUGGGUAGGUGACAUCCCCGUGUCCCGGGUGCUGCUCAGCGACUGGAGCGAGAACACGAUGAAGGAGCUACGUCUGUCCAUCCCCCCCGAGAUCACCCGGGAGAAGCUGGAUCAAGUGGCAACAGUCGUGUACCGGAAGAUGGACCAGCUGUACCAGGGGAAAAUGUACUACCCAGGGUAUUUACCCAAUGAGCUGCGGGACAUCUUCUGGGAGCAAGUGCGCCUCAUCAAGAACUCCAUCAUAGAGAGCCGAGUCAACUGUCAGCGUAACUGUGGCAUCACCCAGUUUGAGGCCAUCUCCUGCAUCAACUGCACAGACACGAAUGUUGUCUGCUUUGGCUAUGACUGCAAGACAUCAUCGCAGUGGCAUUCAGCUGUACAUGACCUUCUGAAUUACAUACAAGCCUGGACCAAACAUGCUCCCCAGCCUUCCAGGAAGCUGAGGCAGGAGGCUCUCAAACAGGCUAGCUGGGCAGCCAAGGAAGGGAGGCGGGAGGACAUGUGUGACCAAUGGGGCUUAGGGUACCUCCUCCUCCCCCAAAGCCUUUCACCGAGCUUAAGGUGUCUGGAACAGCAGCAUCUGGUCAACCUGACCUUGGAAAAUGCCUCUGAGUGUCUGACCCAGCACUGACAGAGGCUGCCUGCCCAAACCCCAUUGGGACCAGAACUCAACUGUGCCGUUGUAGCCUGCUCCUUUGGGAGAGGCUUGCAGUGGCCUGCCUUGGGUGGGUCAC